AUGAGCGAGCACGAGAGAAAGUCGACCGCAUCCGCAGCAGAUCAGCGCCCGCCGGACGACACAUCGGGCGCGGGCCCAACGGAUCCUUCUCGUCACACAGCCGAACCGAGUAACGCCGUCAUGUCCACGGCCGAGAACGUCAUCCGCUCCGUCCUGACAGCAGCGAGUGGACUGAGUCCGUCUACGAAACGCGAUGCGACACCACGGGAUACGACGCAAGCACCGGGCCGUAUAGUGAAGGCUGCGGGCGCCCAGGUAGCGAAGGCCACGAGUGAGGCUGCAGAGGCCGUUGCCGACUCGGCCAGGGAGAUGAACAGGGCAAUCUCGGGCUCGGUCGUGAAGGUUGGAAAGAAGCUCGACAGCAAAGCCGAGUCUUCCCUUGGCCCGUACGGCAGUCCAGGUACCUGCGUUCCCAACGACCUAGAUCCGCUGGCCGCAGCCGUGCAUGCGGGACUGGACCUGGAGGGCGGCCCGUCCGACGGCGACGAGGAUGCCGGAGGAGGUCGGGAGAGUUGCGCUGGGGUGGAUGCCGUGAAGGGAAAGGAGAAGAGUGAAUGA